CAGUCGGUGUCGAUGAGCUGGUGCGCGAUGUAGUGUGGCAAUGUUGUUGUCGCGAGUGCUGGUGCUGUGCUGUGCGUUAGCCACCGGGGGACAAGUGCUCGAUCACGAGGAGGUCGACGACCACUACGACUACGGCGUCGACGAUCCGCACGAGGACGGCGUCAACGGAACAGAUCUGGGACAGUAUGUUGGAGCACCCUGCGAAGACAGCUGUGACUCGAAGCUGUUGCACGUCGUCUGUGACAAGGACACUUUACGCUGCGAAUGCGAGAGAGCCUACCCUGUGCACAUCGGUCCUUUCAAGGGUUGUGCUAAACCGGUGCGACUCGGCGAGCAGUGUUUCUACUACCAGACAUGCAGCUUCACAGACCAGAACGCGGCCUGCAUUCAGAUUCGACACAACGCGAUCUGCCAGUGCAAGCCUGGCUUCCAUACGGUGACCCUGCAGCGGCCCAACAAACGUGUCUUUUGUACUCAAGACCUGGUAGUGCUGACAACCGACAUGCCGACCCUGCUGAGCGUAGCGACAGGGCUGGCCGUGUUUACAGCACUCAUCUGCUUCGUGCUGAAGCUGUUUGUCGGCAGCCGACCGCGGCACUACGCAGACGCCAAUCUGGCCCCGACCUCACUGCUCUUCACCAGCGAAGGCGGCAUCCCACUAGCCGUUCACGGCGUUCGCCCGGCAUCGCGCGCAUCGAGCGAACGCAGUGGCGGUGGCGGCCGCAGCAUGGGCGACUACGCGCAUUCGCAGCGCGGCUCACGAGGCGUGCUCGUCCCCUCCUCGCGCGCAGGUGCCGCCCGCGCCGCCGCCAUCUUGCUCAUCUCCUGCCAACUGUCCCCCUCCGCAGACAACCAACCACCACCACCGACCACCCACCAGGGUUCGCGUCGCGUGAGUGUAGCGUCGGUGCACUCGUCGGCCAGCUCACUUCGCUCCUUCAGCGCCAAACGCUACGAACGGGAGAACGAGAUGCGGCUGGCUGCGGCUGCGGCCAAGGCACGGGAAGCGGCCGCCAGGGCCAUAUCGCCCGGCCAGCGAUCCGCCGAUCCGCUCCUAAUGCUCGCCGAGACUGAGACACAGCCGCAGUUGGACGACGACCUGAAAGCGUCGGCUGAUUGGACGUCGAAGAGCAGCGAACUUCUGCUGGCCAAAGACGACGACGACGACGACGAUGUGAUGGGAAGGGGAGGGGCAGGGGGCAAGCCCUCCGAAACGCCCAUCACGCAAAACCUGUUGAGCAAGGCUGCCAACACAACAGGCAGCGGCCAAAUCUCGACCAGUCUGCCGAUUCCGCUCUACGAAAACCCCCUGGCACUGCUGCCAACCUCAACAUCAGGCUCGACGUCCGCCUCGGGUGAAUGGGACGCGCCCCCACACUGAAACUAGAUAACAUUCAAAAUUAAUGUAACUUGUUCGAAUGAGACAAUCGCAGCGAUUAGUUUAAAGUUGUCUUAGAUUGCAAUGUUUGUAGACGAUUGCUGAGUUGAUAGAUGAUUGCAAUGCUGGUAGACGAUUGCGAUGUGACAAAUUUUCAGGGCCAAAUAUGUUUUUUGUAAAAAAAUAGUCUGUUUUGUAUCUGUCACAUUCGUAGUAAGGAUCGUUCAGAGAAAUUUCAGUGAUCAAUUGAAUGAUGAUUUGAAGUUGAAUUACCGUAUUCAUUGGGACAAACAUAUGUGUAUACAAAUAAUCUAUUUGUCGCAGUAAGGUCCUUUCAGUUAUUUCAGCUACUAAAAUUCGUUUUGUAGAACAGAUAAAUGCAUUGUGACAUGUAUCUCUAGGGCCAAAUAUACAUAUAAAAUACCCGAAUAAUCGGCAGUGACACAGUCCACGUAACCAAAAUUAAUUACGAUAGGUUUUUGGAAUGUGGAAAUUAAGAUCAUUUAAAGAAAUUGUGAUUUAUUCUGUGUGAAUUGAUUUCCUUUUAAGAAAAAUUAGGUUGCACAUUUUCAGAACCGAAAUGAUUAUAUUAUAACGAUUGAUCGAAAAGGCUUAUGUCAAUCAUUUGUAUCUUUAUUUGCUCUAUCAUUACCAGUAGCAUUAUCAUUAUCUAGUGUACAAAGGGUCUUAGAGUAUGUGUAAAUCAAUUCCUAAACUUGUCUAUAAAAGCUUUGAACCCUGUGAACUUCGUCACAAUAUUUGUACCUAUCAGGUGGCCCACUUCAGUGUGUUGGCAUUUGUUUGUCUUCAUUUGCAGCUAUGUGUGCUUAGAGUCAGGAAGAACAUAACCUGUAUUGUAUUAAAGGUAUGUUCAAUAAGAUUUUAUACAAUAUUAUAACUUUCUGUUAGAUACAGAAUGUUUUUUUCUUUCGGAAGAGAGGGGAUUUUAUCCUACCACAUUUUGUGAUGGUUGUUCAAUCAUUAGAUUUAGCGUUGAAAAAUGCAUGCAGUGAGGUGACACGUUGAUAGUGAGAGAGCAAGUUUGAAGCACGCUAUGAAAAAUAGUGCACAUUGAAGCGAGGUGAGGGAUAGUAGAAGACUAGUUUAUAUCCCGUAUCAAUGGAUAUAUUUUAAAAAUACUCUUAUUCACUUUGGAUCUGUUAGUUAAUUGUUCCUUUUUAUACACACACCCUAUAUUUUUGCCAAACAACGAUAUUAUAUUUAUUAUGUUUCCUAUGUGAAAUAAAAUUAAACUCAUUUGAAUUGAUAAUAAUUAUGAGGAUAGUAGGAUAUUGGAAUUUCCUUACAGUACUACAAUAAGUUGAACCAUAAGAAAUUCUCUGAGAUAUUGCUUUACUCAUUGGUUGAGAGAUAUUGUCCUGAUUGAGUGGACAUAAUUAUUAUUGUCCGGACAUAGCCAUAACCUAGUCAUUCUAUUCCAAGUCUCAAGCAAAGUAACUUAUGAAUAGACUAAUAAUAUUGAUGCUACUUAGUGUAUAAAACAUUCGCAAAAUGAGCAAUACUAUGCUCCGCUGUGACAUUAGUGAUGAACAGUUGUACAGUAUUACUAAAAACAUGUUCGAUGUAAUGUUACAUGUGUAAGUUCAAUGUUUUAACUGUUAUUGUGAAAACUUUUGAGAUGUAUAAGUCUAAAUCAAAAGUUGCAUUAAGAUGUUGUUGUAUUUGACAAGUUUAUUGACGCUAGAUAAGAUAAGAUAGAUAGUUGUUUCAGCGUGUGGUGAAUCUUUGUUACGUAAUUAUUUGUUAUUCUGAGUUAUUUUUGUGGAAUACCGAUAAUUCUCAGCUGCAUCUCAAUGGUUAUCAGGAAAAAUUAGGAAAUUAGUAUGUUGAGAAAAUGUCUUGGAAUAUCAAUUUACAAAAAUACUCCAUAUUUCCUAUAUCCGGAAAAACCGUAUUCCUGUUUAUUAAGUACUAUUUUUUUAAAUAUAAAUUCCGCUUAGGCCUAUAAGAAUAUUUAAAUUACGGAACCUAUCAUUUAGGUUGAAGGAUCAAAGUAAUUCAUAUUAAAAAUUUAUCUUCAAAUAGUUUCCUACUGUUUAUAAAUAAAUAUUACUGACAAACUCCCCCAAAAGACUUGGAUUGGAUCAUUUGACACACAUGAAUUAUUUGAUAACCCCAAAUUAAGUCAGUAUUAAUAGAUAAACUUAGUGCACUAUCAGUAUUAUUCUUAAUAAAUUUUCAUUAGGUUAGUUAAAAUUAUUUAAGUCUAAACCAUCAGUUUAUCAACUAAAUAAAACGUCCCACUUACUUUUAUUUUGUCCUGCCCUGGCCAGAUUCUGUUGAGAAACUGUGAACAAUUCCACUAUUUUUGUCAUGAGAAGAAAUUAAAUCUAUACAGAAAAAAUUAUCUCGAGCUUCAUUAGAUGUAAAUUGACAAGACCAAGAAAUUUCAAGAAAUGUUGUGUUUUAUUUCCAAAUUUCAAUCAUUUAGUGUUCCUAUACCGUAUCCUUUGUUAUACUGUUUGAUAUUUUACAAUAUUUGGUAUAUUGCUUGAAUAUUGGAUUAAAUACCUUUGAGGUAUUUUAAAAAUUCUGAAAUUUAAUAGAAUGUAAAAAUUUAGCAUGAUUUCUCAACGCAUUUGUUAUAAAUUCAAUCUCGUAACAGCCCUACUUGAACUUUGAGGUAUUUUUAAAAUUCUGAAAUUUAAUAGAAUGUAAAAAUUUAGCAUGAUUUCUCAACGCAUUUGUUAUAAAUUCAAUCUCGUAACAGCCCUACUUGAACAUUAUUUGCCAAAUAUAAUUAUUUCAAUAUUUAGAAAAUAGGUUAUAGGGUUCGGAUUUUUAAGCAGGAAAAGUACAAUUACUUCCAAUCUAAUAAAUUUUACUAUUGUAGAGGAAAUACAGUAUUCAGGUAUGUCAUUAGUUGUUAUUUUAAUAAUAGGCAUAAUUAUAUUGUUCAGUAUACGCAGAUCGCUAGGUUUGAUUUUGAUUGAAAGUUCAAAGAAAGGAUUAACUUAAAUUAUAUUGAAUAAUGUAAAUAAUGAGGAAGCAGUUGGAAUACCACAUUAUUAAAUCAAAAUUUAGUAGUUACUAGAGGUUCACAUUUUUUAUUUUCAAAUUGAACUUUAUUAUUUAUAUUUUUCUCACAGUACCUAAUUAGAUUUACUAGAAAUGUUUGGUAGGUAUCUAUUUGAAUAGAGUGUUCUAAACAGACAGAUGAGAUAAUACUAAAUUACAGAUGCAAAAAUAUUAUUGAUUGUAUCGUAUUUCAUGUUGAUUACAUCAACACAUAAUUAAUCAUCAAUUUAUUUCUUACAGCCAAAAGUGGAAAUCGUUGUUGAAACAAAAUUAUAAAAUUAUUUACAAGAAUUAGAACUGGGAUACUAUUAAGAAAAAUUAUUAAUAGUAUUUCUCUUGAUAAAAACAAUUUAUCCCUAAUUGUUUCAAAAAUUUUAUUUAUAAAAACAUACUUUACUUUUUUUAAAAGUUAGGAAACAUGAGUUUGCAAGCAAUCAUCAAAAUGUUUUUUAUUUUUAUCAAAAUGUAAUGUAUUGAUAGUAAAAAAUGGACUAAUAAGUUCUCAUAUUGAUAAAAAUAAAAAUACUGAAAAUUGAAUUGAAAUUUAUUUAUUGAGCAAUAUGUGCUUGUUAAAUAGUGCCUACUAAACGACUUUACCGCUUUAUCCUGAUAUUGAAGACUCACUCUUUUAAACUUGUGUUUCACAAAAUAAAUUGAAGAUUUUCCCUAAUGUUUCAAUAAAAGCAGUCUAGCUAAUUGGUGCUUUACCAAAGGGUGUUUGAUUUUUUCGCUGCUUUGAUAUUGAUUGAUUUUUCAUACAGCAGUUUCUACUUUAACCUACUGAAACCUGUUUUUGAAAAUAUCACCGAUCCAAAUCAUAUCAUUAUCCUCGAAUUUCAGAAAUUAAAUCUUUAACAAAAUAUAAUUUUUGUUUACUCAAUACUUAUGAAUAUGACUAGAAAAAUAUUCAUGUAUUAAUUUUCGAUGGCUCUAUAACUUAAUUCUUAUUAAAAACUUCAACAGGAUUUUAUUAUUACGUGAUUAAUAUGAUGUUGGAAGACAUGACAUUUUCUAAAGAUAGUAUACAUAUUUAUAAAUAGUUGAAGAGAAUUGAAUUAUGUAAUUAAAAAUAACAGAGACUCAUACAGAUACACUGUAACUAACUUCUUGUGAAAAUUAAGUAUUUAAAUUGCGGAAGUGUACUGAAUGGACUCAAUAAACCCACUCGAAAACUAGAUUAAACUCCAAGGAAACCUUGUAACUCGAACUAAUAUUUUUUAUAAAUAUAUAGGCAUCCUGUACUAUCGAUUAACUCUUCUAAGCAUUGUUGUUGUGAAACAUAUCACCAAAAAUGUUUAUCCUAAUCGUUAUAAGUAUCUUGAUAUAUUUAUAUGAAUGAAUAUAAGUUAUAGAUAUAUAAAGUCGAUGUAGUGACCUGAGACUGUUUAGAAAAGCCAUAUUGUAUUGUUGAAGUGAAUGGAGCAAAAUAUUAAUAUGUCACUCUAGUCUUAGAUGUAUAUUUAUCAUUGAAGUGUGCAAUGCUGGCAUUGAUAUAUUUACAUGAAAAAUUUGUCUGAGAUACUUUACCAAAAUUCUCUUCUGUUUCCAGAAUUUUUUUCUUAUCUGCAAAAAAUAAAUAUAAAUCCUAACAUUAUAUUACUUUUUUAUUAUUUGCUAAUGCGGUUUCAUUCAUACAUUAAUGUAAUCUGAGAUCAUAUAAUUUAUAACUAAAUAAUAUUAAUACUGCACCUACUCCAUUAAUGAUUAAAGCUAUCUUCAAAAUUCAAAUAAAUAGCCUACUGGCUCUUAUUGCCAUUAUAAUAUAAUAACUAAGAAGAAGUAGACUAACUAAGAAGAAGUCAAUAUAAGAAGUUUAUAUAUUUGGGUUCUGAGAAUGUUUUCAGAACUUUAUGGUACGGCACCAAAUACAAUGUUUAUCCCAUUCUAAUAAACCUAGGCUGUAUCAAAGUACCUACGUACCCAAUACACUCUACCUUGUUUUCCUGGGAGCAUUAAAAAUUAAACAAUUAUUUUUUGAAAGAAACAUAUAGGUACAAAUUAUGUUGCACUUCAAUCCUAUAAGUAGUUGGUCUAAUUCGUAAGUUCACAUGAAAAAUAUCAAUUCUUUCCACUCAAAACUGUUCAUUCAUUGUUAAAAAAUUAAAUUUUAACACUAUUUUUGGUUUAGAGUCCCUUGCGGGAAGGUCCCACCUUGCCUUAAUAUAAAAUUUAGGCUUUAUGAAGACUGUCAUACUACAGCCAGAACCCAGUACCGACAGUUUAUAACGUGCCCAUCCGAUAACCUCAUCGGAUUAAUCGGGCACAAAUAAGAGUUGCGAUAAAAACUUCUGUUUAUAUCUGGUCUUGAAACUUGAACCAAUUCUUUUUGUUUUGAUUUGAAUAAUUUCAAAAUUUAUUGAAUCUCAGACAAUUUUUUAUUACUAUAACAUUUAUCGUCGAAUGCAUCAUGAAAAUUGCAUUUACUUAGUCACGUUCAUCUAGGACAAGCAUUGCACACUUCUAGUACUGUACUCAUGUAACUAAAAAACAUUUUGAUGUUGUAUUAAUGAAACUUUUUACAGUUACCUUUAAUAAGAAAAAGUGAAUCUGGAAUGCCUUGUAAAUUUUUGUCUCUGAACUGGAAACAAGAGGGUAAUGCUUUCAGUGUAUUAAAAUAGGUUGUGUUACAAACAGAAAAAUAUUAUACCAAUGAAUUUUGUGACUAGAUGUAAAAAUAAAAACAAAACAGGCUGUGUUAUAAUUAAACCGUUUCAAAAGGAAA